CUUCACUGAAUUUGAAAACCUAUGAGAAAUAGAAAAAAUCUAGAUCAACCCACAACUUAACUACAUGCAGAACUACCAAUUGAUUUCUACAUAUUCAACAUCGCAAGCGCAAACGAGCAACACAUGCAGGUCCUCUCUUCCCUCUUCGUCGACUAACUUCCCGCUUUGUCUUCUGACUUCACCCUCUAUCCAAUGAGGUCUCUCCAAUAGAAAGAAACAAUAAACAUUCCCUUUCAUCAUCGUUGUUACAUGAAAGAAAAAAAGGACAUAGAAGAGAAGGGCAAAAUUUUUUUGGCAGAUUGUUGCCAAGAGACAAAAAGGAAAGAGAAGAAAAGAAGAGGAAGAGUUCCUAAUUGUAGAGGAAGGAAAGAAGAUGGGAAAAAAGGAAAGAGAAGAAGCAAGGAGGAAGGGUUCCUCAUUGCAGAGAAAGGAAAAACGAUGGGGAAAAAGGAAAAAGAAGAAUAGAGGAUGAAGGGUUCCUCAUUGCAGAGGAAGGCAAGAAGAUGGUGAGGUUUAUUUAUGGGGAGAGAGAAAGAGAAAAAGAAAGGGUAACACUUGGAAAGAGAGAAUAAAAACGAACCAAUCAUGAUUACCUCCCCCACCCUCAGGUAUUCUCAAUUGACACAUAAUGGUGCAAUUUUAAUUUUCACAGCCCAAAUUGUUUCGUUUCAAUUUUGUGGAGUCAAAUAGGUCAAUUUGGCUCAAUUGUCUCAUAAAAAGACCCAUCCAAACGCCUCUAAGGGAAUUUUUGAAGGAGAAAAAAAGGAAGGUGUUUACUUAAGGAAAUGAGAAUUAAUGUUUGUAAUUUUUUUUAGACUUCUUUAAUUUGUAUUUAAUUUCUUUUAUUUGAUAAUAUAACUUCAAUUAAAUUUGUUUUAUUUAAAAUUUAAGUUUAUCAUCUUGAAGUUGAAUGUAAACAAAAAUUAGACAGAUAUAUUAUUGAAAUGAAAAUGCGUUCUUGAAUUACAAAACAAAUUGUCACCAAUUGAAUUACAAAGCAUCCCAACAUCGAUACCAAGCAAUAAAAAUGACUAAUUAUUUCAAUGCAAGUUCCAAAUAUGCUCGACCAAGUCCCGACGAAGCCCAUGAUGUAUUGGUGUAGCACGAAGCCUAUUAUUCCUAGUCAAGUAUUCAGUUAGGGUUGAGUUGGUUGUUGGUCAUGUACCUCAUAAUCUAGAUUAUCUUCCAUCUCAUCGUUAGAAUCAAUGAUAGACCAUUAAUUACACAUGUUUUUACCCCUAUCCUUUAACCUUUUGAGACAUCGAUUCUCGUGUUUUAAGCCAAUUUCACGGUAGGUUGUGCGUUUAUAUCAUAUUUCAGGGCUUAGCAUUGGCAUCGAGGCGAAGGAACGAGAUUUGGGUCGAAAGGAGCAAGUGAGGUUUGAAGUGUGCUGGAGAACAAAAAUACCCAGCCAUGAUCAGAAAUACCCGGCCGAGUAUUAUUUGGCCAUGGCCGGGGAUUUGACGCUUUGGGCGUUGUUGAGAAACAGAGAGGGGCCCGGGCAGGAGGCAAAAAUCCCCGGUCGGGGAUUCUUGGCAAUGACCGGGGAUUUUCCCUUUAACCCGACGGUGCGUUUUGAACAUACCCGGUCGCUACCCGACCAGGUAUUUAGACCGGAGAUCGCGAUAGACAGCUUCUUAAGGGAAAAGAAGGCUAAAAAUCAAGGGUUCUGAGUUUUAGAGAGACAGAGCGAUUCCUAGAGAGAGAAAGCAACGAACCAGAGUUCCCAAGUGCCCUAGCUUGAUCUUCAUCACCAUUGGAGCCCGGCUUGAGCUUGGAGAAGUGUCGAUCGACAACCAGGAGCAGAAAUCCAUCCUUCACAGUAUGGUUUACACAUCUGAAUAUGCUUUUACUUCUCUCUCCAUGGAGUAGUUAUCCCAUUCAUCUGGGUAUGGAGAACCCUAGAUUUGUAUGUUAGGUCUGAUUGUAUGAACCCAAGUACAAAUUUUAUGAUUUGAUUAUAUUCGAUUGAGGUUUGAAUGAUUGAAUGACUUGAAUCUUGAUCAAAUUCCUGUUAUUUCUGCUUUAGCCUAGAAAGAGAAUAUCUGCCUAGGUUAAUAGAGCACCCUUAAUUGAAGGUAGUGAAUUGGCGACUUUAGUCGAGGAGCCAGUUCACUAUUCUGUACCGAAUUUGCUUCGGUAGUGGAGGUUUGGUUCGUUAGGGCCUCAAUCUGUUUACUCCGGUGGAGGUAAGUCGCCCGCUUAGGACUCAGAUUGAGAGGGUCUGGAGACCUUUAGUUGAGACUUCAGACUGUUUAAGAACCUUCCGCAGUAUAACUAUCAUAGAAAUUGAACUUGGUAAUUGCAAUCUGGCUUAACUGCACUCUAGGGGGAACCAUAUCCGGGUGACCUCUCUCGACUUGAAACAACUGUUUAAUUGCUUGCUUUGCUUGUUUGCUUAAUUGAACCUGCACUAAAGUUUCACUGCUAGAUAAUAAGAAUUCACUUAGUAGUCAUCACAUCUAGGACCCGGGUUGACAUUAAAACCAAAACCGCUAUACUACGUUUUAGGAAGUUGUUACACUUGGCCAUUUUCUAGAGUGACAGUAGGAGUGAGUCAAGUUUUGGCGCCGUUACACUUCACAAUGCACUCCUCCUGGCCACUGACGGCACCCGUUCCUGGGUGGAUGGGCUCUCCAUGCCCCCUGAGGAGGAUGCGGACCUCGAUGAGGACGAGGAGGAUGCUGAUUACACCGAUGAGGAGGAUGAUGAUGAUGGCGGGGCCAUGGAUGCUGAUGAGCCGGAGCCCCCACUCUCUCCACCAGGGGACCUUCAGCCACGACGGAGAUCAGAGAGAGGCAAGUCCUCCUCCGGUCCUUCUAGUCCGUCGAUGGCUUCUGGCCCGUCGAUGGACUUUUUCACAGAGCAGUUCCAACAGAUGGGGCUCCAGUUCCAGCAGCUCGGUCUUCAGAACCAGCAGCUCAUGGACCAUCAGGUCCAAUUUUUCCAGCAGUAUACGGCCCACCAGGCCGAGUACCAGUCUAGGCUGACGGUCUUCGACUAGCGCCUCGACCGGAUGGAGGCCCAGAUUGGAGUCACUGGUGCUCUCAUCGAGCGGGAGCGGGAUCGUGGCUGCCGAUUGAUGGAGUACUCAAAGCACCUGCUCCAGACUUGUCAUCCACCGGAGGAGCACCACUGGACCACCCGGUGGGAUCACUCGCCACCGCGACCACCAUCACCACCACCAGAGGGGGGCGACGAUCUCAUGGACCAGAUUGACUUCACCGAGCUCGAGUAGGCUGUGCUCGUAGCCCCAUUUUGUGUUGUUUCCCUUUAUGUCAGAAUGCAAACUGUCUUGUGUGUUGGUUUAUUUUCUUUUCUUUCUUUUGAUUUUGGAUGAUGUACUAUUUGGCUGACCAUUGGACCUAAAGUACUGUGUUUGAGUUCUUUUGUUCCCUUUAGCUGUGAUGUGUCCCUGACUAGUCCUUCUCCAGUACGCUUCACUCAGACUGGUUCGUUUCCAGUCCAUGCAGUCCGUGCACACCGGUAACAUCGUUCCCCUUAUCCUUCCCUCUUCUCCAUUGAGGGCAAUAUCGAUCUUAAGUGUAGGGGGAUGUUUCUCUUUUGACUGCGUUAGAUCUGUUUGUGUGCUUGGAGCCUAGUCCUCUGUCCAAAUUUUUUAAUUUGAGGGCUCCAAGUAUGUGUUUCCUUGCAAAUUGCCUGCUUAGUAUGCAUUGAAUUGACAGUCUCUAUAGUAAUGUGCAACCUAGGGAGGUAGUGUAGCACUAUGAGGAUGUUGAAGCAUAAGAUUUUUCCUAUCUAGCUCUCUGCUGUGCCAGUUGAUUUUGUGAAUUAGUGGAGCUAAGACCAUUGAAUUCAUGUGGUAAUGGUAACUCUAUGUGGAUUGUGUUAUGGACUUGUGUAUCGAACAGGAUGCUCAUGUGAAAAAUGAAAUACAGUUCGUCCUCCAUGUCAAAAUCAUUAAAUCUUAACCAUGGGGUAAGCCCAACGUGUGCGGCACCGUUCAUUGCACAAAAUCGGGUUUUGGAAGAGAUUUUAGUGAUCCUUAGUGGGGUACUCCUACGAGGUGAAGCUAAGCCGUCUCUAGUACAAGUAAAACUUCCACCCGUUGAACGGUUUGCCUACUUGAAGAUGUGUUUUUAAGGGCACGGAUAGAGCUUCCGACCCCCCUUAAUUUCAUUGACCCUCCACACGAGUUGAGGAAAAGGAGUUAAAAGUAGUACUCUGGCGAGCGCCAGAUGUACAGAAAUUGCUCUUGCUCGACUAAUAAGGGUCGACCGUGCAAACGACUGCAGUUGGAACCCCACCAAAUGAAAGAAAAAAAGAAAAAAUGUAAAUGAAAGUGAGAAAAAGGGGUUCCAACGAUGAAAUGAAGUGAAAAGAGCACCCCGGUACAACGAGUCCUUGGUUGUGAAUGAUAUGAGUCCCUUUAUCCAUGAACUGACUGUCUUACUUUUACUUCUUCUCAUGAUCCUGGCUUGAGUCUAGUACUCGCAUUGAGAGAGAUAGGGAACGUCUUAGAAGACCAGUUGACCUCGUAAGCUGCUAUAUGAUCUAGGAAAUCCUCUACCGACGAUCGGGGUUGUUUGUUGCUAUAGAGGUAUGGAGAGUUGCAUUGGUUUGAGUUAGGUUUGCUUGGGGACAAGCAAACGGUUAAGUGUGUGGGAGUUUCAUAGACCAUUAAUUACACAUGUUUUUACCACUAUUCUUUAGCCGUUUGAGACAUUGAUUCUCGUGUUUUAAGCCGAUUUCACGCUAGGUUGUGCGUUUAUGUCAUAUUUCAUGGCUUAGCAUUGGCAUCGAGGCGGAGGAACGAGAUUUGGGUCAAAAGGAGCAAGUGAGGUUUGAAGUGUGCUGGAGAACAAAAAUACCCUGCCAUGAUCAGAAAUACCCGGCCAGGUAUUAUUUGGCCAUGGCCGGGGAUUUGAAGCUUUGGGCGUCGUUGAGAAACAGAGAGGGGCCCGGGCAGGAGGCGAAAAUCCCCGGUCGGGGAUUCUUGGCAAUGACCGGGAUUUUCCCCUUAACCCGAAGGUGCGUUUUGAACAUACCCGGUCGCCACCCAAAAUACUCGACCGGGUAUUUAGAUAGGGGAUCGCGACAGACAGCUUCUUAAGGGAAAAGAAGGCUAAAAAUCAAGGGUUUUGAGUUUUAGAGAGACAGAGCGAUUCCUUGAGAGAGAAAGCGACGAACCAUAGUUCCCAAGUGCCCUAGCUUGAUCUUCAUCACCAUUGGAGCCCGGCUUUAGCUUGGAGAAGUGCCGAUCAACAACCAGGAGCAGAAAUCCAUCCUUCACAGUAUUGUUUCCGCAUCUGAAUCUGCUUUUGCUUCUCUCUCCAUGGAGUAGUUAUCCCAUUCAUCUGGGUAUGGAGAACCCUAGAUUUGUAUGUUAGGUCUGAUUGUAUGAACCCAAGUAUAGAUUUUAUGAUUUGAUUAUAUUCGAUUGAGGCUUGAAUGAUUGAAUGACUUGAAUCCUGAUCAAAUUCCUGUUAUUUCUGCUUUAGCCUAGAAAGAGAAUAUCUGCCUAGGUUAAGAGACCUUUAGUCGAGACUUCGGACUUGAGAGGGUCAGGAGACCUUUAGUCUAGACUUCAGACUGUUUAAGAACCUUCCGCAGUAUAACUAUCAUAGAAACUGAACUUGGUAAUGGCAAUCUGGCUUAACUGCAGUCUAGGGGGAACCAUAUCCGGGUGACCUCUCUCGACUUGAAACAACCAUUUAAUUGCUUGCUUUGCUUGUUUGCUUAAUUGAACCUGCACUAAAGUUUCACCGCUAGAUAAUAAUAAUUCACUGAGUAGUCAUCACAUCUAGAACCCGGGUUGACAUUAAAACCCAAACCCGCUAUACUACGCUUUAGGAAGUGGUUACACUUGGCCAUUUUCUAGAGUGACAGUAGGAGUGAGUCAAUCAACCUGCUCAUCCUCGAUUAUCAUAUUGUGCAAUAUAAUUCAUUUAAACAUUAUAUCAUUAAUUGUGGCAACAUCCCAAGAUCUCGCAAGGCCACGAACGAUUGCCCAUCUAGCUUGAAGAAUUCCAAAGGCCAGCUUUAUGUCUUUUCGAUGUGCUUCUUGACAUCGAGCAAACAAGGCUUCUUUGUCUAAGCUUGGAUUGCUGAAUGUUUUCACUAAAGUUGACCACGAAGGAUAAAUACCAUCAGUCAAAUAAUAACAUUGAUAAUAGGUAUGACCGUUUACCUCAAAUCGUACUUGUGGAGCGGUUCCGUUGAGGAUACAGUCAAACAUUGGAGGCAUCUUCAAAACAUUGAUGUCGUUAUUUGACCCAUGCGGGCCGAAGAAAGCAUGCCAUAUCCAGGUGUUGUACGAAGCCACUGCCUCGAGAAUGAUUGUUGGUUUACGGUUGUACCCCAUGUACUACCCAGUCCAAGAAGUAGGACAGUUCCUCCACUCCCAGUGCAUGCAAUCAAUUGAUCCAAUCAUACCAGUGAAUCCACGUUGAAUCCUUAGAUCAGCAGGAGUUGGUGCACGGAGGUAUGUCGAUGAGUACAUCCCGACAAUGGCUCUGCAAAACUUCCUGAAAAAUUCCAGCACAGUGUUCUGACCCAUACACAUGUAGUCAUCAAGUUGAUCAACUGGAGAGCCAUAAGCUAGCAUGCGCAGUGCACUAGUAAGCUUUUGCUCCGGCGAUAGGCCUAGGUGGCCAACGACAUCACUCCUUCGUGGAAAAAAGGGAUCAUACCUUACAAUGACACCCAUUAUGCGAUUGAAUAGUCGUAAUUGCAUACAAAAACGCCUUCAAAAUAUGAGGGCAUCGUAUGUUGGAUUUGGAUUGAAGUAAUCCUGCAUGAGACGUUCAUGACCUGAGACCCAUUCACGAUCAAUGCAAGUGCGACUUGUUGAACAAUGACGUGAGGAUGAAGCUUCCUCAAGCCUCCGCCCGAUUAAAGCCAACCGGUGAUAGUUAAACAUAUUCAACUCAUCUAUCUCUUCUUCUCCUCCAGACGAUGAUUAGUCUGAGGAACUCAUGAUGGGUGUGUUUAUUUUAGAACUGGGAGGAAGUUUCAGACAAGUAUAAAAUUGAUGGCAAAUGGGGGAUUUGCAUUUAUGCUCAAAUUUGUCUGACCUAACGAUCAUAUUCAACCUUACCUAACGGUCAUAUUAGAACAUGUGAGGUAUGAUCGUCAUACCUUACCUAAGGAGGGCAUAUGUUUGAAUAUGAUCGUACCUCACAUGUUCGAAUGUGAUACCUACCAACCUUACCUAACGGUCAUAUUAGAACAUGUGCUACCUACCAACCUUACCUAACGGUCAUAUUCGAACAUGCGCUACCUACCAACCUUACUUAACGGUCAUAUUGAAACAACCUUACCUAACACCUUACCUAACGGUCAUAUCCAAACAGUCAUAACCUAACGGUCAUAAAUUCUCUAUAUAUUCAGACAUCCUCUCCUCUCUCUCUAUCUCUCUCUACCAUUCAUUCUUACUGAAUUGAAAUUUUCUGUUAGUCUCAUCAUUCUUUCUAUCAUCUUUGUCUCUCUAAAAACCAAACAAUGACAAUCAAGAGAAAAGGGAAUUGGAAAGUGGAAAGUGGAGGAAGAUAAAAACUUGUGCAGUUCUUGGGUGACGAUAUCAGAAGAUGGAGUUGUGGGCGUCAAUCAAAUGGAUAAAAAGUUAUGGGAUAGAGUGGCGGCGCAAUUUUGAUCGAAUUAUCGAAACACAUCUCGUACUAUCAAAAGCAUAUCUAAUCGAAUGGGCACAAUCACCAAAUACUGCAAGUUUGGAAUUCAGCUAUCCAAAGGGCAGAGAGGAAUCAACCAAGUGGCACGAAUCAAAUGGAUGUGGUAUGAAUUCUCCAUCACCAUCACUAUUAUUUCAUAAGUACGUGUGUUCUAUUUUCUAACUCCUUUUCCAUCUCAUUCAUUCAUACAUAUAGGAGCAUAUGGCAGAACAACUAUAUUUGAGUGAGACCGAAGAAAAGGGUUGGAAUUUUGGUCAUUGUUGUUGGAUCUUGAAAAGAUGCCAAAAAUUUCAUAUCGUGAUAACAAUGCCGUCUUCAAAUCAAAGCCGCAUGAGUCAAGGUUCCGAUAGUUCUCUCAUGGGUCUUGGUUAUCAAUCAACACCACAGACAAACCUCAAUGACACAGAAGGAGACGAAGAAACUCCACCAUUCGUCGGAGAAACUCCACCAUUCGUCGGAGAAACUCCACCCUUCGUCGGAGAAACUCCACCAUUCUUUAUAUCUCGCCCUACUGGACGCGACAUACAGAAGACGGCUAAGCAGAAAGAAAAGGGGGCUGCUGAGUCAUCAGAGAGCUACACUGCUCAAUUGAUGGAGGUUGGAGGUGAGUUGAAGGAGAGACAUGCUUCGAGGGCUGAGUAUGAGCGAAGAAGGAUGGAAUUCCAUGAACAAAAAUCAAAGUUUGAUCAAGAAAAGUGGGAACUUGAGAAAAAAGGGAGUGAAGCAACACUAUUUCGGAACAACCUUGAUCUUCUUGAAAAUGACUUGUCGAAGUUGACACCAAGAAAGAAGAAGUUUUACAAAAGUCAUCAAAACAUGCUCAUAGGGUAUGAUCAAGAUGAUCCCAACUCUAUUCCCGACUAUUCAUCCAACGCAAGUCAAACAGGAGGUGGAGAUGGAAGUGGAGGAGGAGAUGAAGGUAGAGGAGGAGAUUACGGGAAUUACUAGUCUCUUCUGGGCGAUUAUUGACAUGUUAU